AUGCAGAAGAUUGUCCUGCUUUGCCUUUUCGUGGUUGCUAUUAACGCAGUGAUUGAAGACGACAAAUGUGAGCCAAACUCCCAUUUUGUUAAAUGCGGGUCUUUAUGUCAGAAAAAAUGUAACGAACCAGAGCCUGACCGAUGCCCAAAAAUUUGCUUCCGAGGAUGCAUCUGUGAUCAGGGUUAUGUUCUUAACGCUCAGGAGAAAUGUGUCAGACCGGAAGAAUGUCCAGGCGUUCAUUUGAUUUAUUGUGAUUCGCGAGUGGAGCGAAUUGUUUAUAACUUCAAGUCGGAAAAGAUAAUUAUGGAAAUGACAAGGCUUUUCAAUAAUCUUGAAUUUAUUUUUUUUGACAAUUAUUAUUUGUGA